AUGGAAAAGCGCGAGGAAGAGCUGCAGAGGGCCGAGUUUCUGGCGCGGCGGCGGGCGCAAACUCUCGGAGAAAGGCCUUAUGACGCUUCUCCUCUCCAGCUUCAUCCUGAUGGGCGGGUAACGCCUCUGUCGUCGUCGUCGUCUAGAUCUAUUUCUCAACAUAAUGAUACUUCUUCUAGUACUGGCAGCCACGGUAGUCAACCAUUCGGUCGCACGUAUAAUCUCAACCGUCCCACCCAUUCGCAAGUGUCUCAGGGAGUAUCCGGUCGUAUCGGUGGAGAUGGUGUCGGUGAUGAUCGGCUUCCUUACCAAUACCCCCCAACUUUGCGCACCCGAACCCGUCGGAGCGCCACCAUCCCACUCGAAGCACCUAACUCAAUCUGGCGCCCUCGCCCUCGUCAGACCCUAAGCAGUGUCGAUGAGGAUUUCAACUCGAGCUGCAGCAAUUACUUCUCUGAAGACGACGACGACGAGGAUGACAACCGCACAAUCGUCGACUACCACCAAAAAUAUGUCAAGUACGACCAAGACGAUGACAACUACACCUACAUCGACCAUGGCUACGACCAAGACCAAGACCAAUCAUACUCCCCUCCCUUUCCCCUCUCAGGCACCUCCUCACAGACCAAGACAGCGAAGAAGAAGACGGAUUAG